AUGACAAAGAAGCGUGGUCCUUAUAGGAAAUACCAUCAACCUUCUUUAAGUUCUGAGCAGCUUGAGAAACUUCAGCUCACGUUUGAAAAUGUCAACCGACAUUUCGAGUGUCCCUUAUGUAAAACACUGAGCCAUUUCUUUAAGCAUGGAUACUCUACUCAGGAUCCAACUCAACCAGUCUUUGUGUGUAAAUCAUGCAAGAGGCAACCUACAGCGUAUGAGGUAUACCAAGUACUCUGUGGUAUUAACAAUAUGAACGAGAACUCCCAGCAAGUCACUGAAUCUUCUACAAAUUUCCAAGAACCCAACUCUGGUGAUCCACGUGAUGAACUAAUCAACCAACUUACCAAACAAGUUGAAAGACUUACAGCUGAAUUGAACCAAGCCCGCAAACAGAUCGCUAGACUUACGGCUCUUCAAGCUUCAACUCAAGGAAAUAAUAGCUCACAAACUAUUGCUAACACUGAAUUCCCUCCACUAUGUGGAGCUAAUUUUCAGAACCUUGACGAUUCAAUCUCUCAGGCUCCUUGGCAUAACCCCUCCAAAGUAGCUGCAUUAAAACAAUCCAUGUUUAUCAACCGUCAAAAAAAUCGAGUUCGUAAGGAAGAAACGGCUGCUCGUUUCUUUCAACCACCUUCCACCAAUCAAGGAUCCCAAUACCUCUACGUCUCUACUAAAGCCCGUGUUCCUGUGGGUAAACUUCGCUCCUACCUACGUAAUAUGGGCGUCAACAAUGCGCGUGUACUGGAUAUCCAUUAUCCAGACCGCAAUAUUGCUGCUCUUCUUAUCCAUAAUGACUAUAUUGCCGAAUUCAAACAAUUACUUGAAACUAAACGGGUUCACUUCGCUAACAACUUUGACCCCUGGAAUGGUUCUACUCUUAAAGAUCCACAGUAUAAGGAUCUUACAGAACAAGAACGAACUUCCAAAGCAUGUGAAAUCCAACAACAACGCCUUCAACGUGCUGUUCUUCAUAUCCGCGAACCAGUAAAGUUUGCAGUAGCAUACUACUUUUAUCAGCAAAAAUGGUUAACCAAAUCAUUCAUUGACCAACUUAACAACUCUCGCUAUGGACGAUCAGAGGAUGUCUUUGAUAUGGAUGAGGAUAUCAAGGGUAACUUCUCUGAAGACACGACGACCAAUGUAGCCAGCCUUAGUAGCAUACAACAUUAA